AUUAAUAACCCACGAGGACGCGAACCCGAUGAUGCGACCGAGCCUUCGCCCACGAUAGGACGUCGUAGAAGGUGGUGAAGAAUUUGGUAUUCUUAUGUGACAGCGAGAGUUUACAAGCAAAAUGGAACCGCGGAAUACGAUAAGUAAACGUCCAGAAGAUGACAUCUUCAAUUCUAUGAACGAACGCCCCGUCGAUGAUAUUUCCUUGGAGUUUUUCUACAAGCCCCACACCAUUGCUCUUCUCUUCACCUCCAUAGCCGUUGUGAUUUCAAUAUCAUUUACAAGAUCAGAUGAAAACAUUGAACACAACUACUGGGCUGGCUUCAUGUGUGUGAUAUUCUUCUUCCUCAUCAUAUCUGUGUUAGCCUUCCCCAAUGGGCCAUUUACUCGACCUCAUCCUGCAGUCUGGCGAAUAGUAUUUGGUUUGAGUGUUCUUUACUGCCUUAGUUUACUCUUCCUGCUUUUCCAAAACUACAACACAGUCAGAAACAUAUUCUUCUGGUUGGAUCCUGAACUGAGAGAUUUUCAUAUUGAUAGUGAGAAGGAGUAUGGUGUGAACUGCUCUGAUUAUACAUUCCAAAGAAUAUGGAGCACAGUUGAUGUGUUUGCUGCUGGCCACUUUUUUGGAUGGGUUUUCAAAGCAGUGUUAGUCCGUCAUCUUGGUAUAUUGUGGGCUAUGAGUAUCAUGUGGGAGCUAACAGAGAUGAUUUUUGCCCAUUUACUUCCAAACUUCAUUGAGUGUUGGUGGGAUGCUUGGAUUCUCGACGUACUUGUGUGUAAUGGACUUGGUAUUUGUGUUGGUUUAUGGAUAUGCAAACGCCUGGAAAUGAGAGAUUACAAGUGGGCCAGUAUCAGGUUCCCAGAAUGUAUUGAGAGACAUCUAAUAUACUGGGACAUCCACACGGCCACCGGAAAGAUAAAACGGGCUGUUCUUCAGUUUACACCUAGUAGCUGGACUCCUGUGCGAUGGCUGGAUCCAAACUGCACUUACAUGCGAUUUGUUGCAAUAUGCCAACUGGUUAUCUUCUGGCAGGUCUCAGAACUUAAUACAUUCUUUUUGAAACACAUUUUUGAAAUGCCUCCCUCUCAUCCCAUUGUUGUGGGACGCCUGUUCUUAGUUGGCAUCGUGGUUGCACCUUCAGUCAGACAAUAUUAUACUUACGUUACUGACCCUCGGUGUCUCAGAGUUGGCACUCAAUGUUGGGUGUAUGGAGCCAUAAUGGUUUCAGAGAGUUUGCUGUGCAUUAAGAAUGGAAGGCGUCUAUUUCAAAACACCCAACUCAGUAAUAUUUUGUUCUGGCUUUUAUUACAAGCAGUAGUGUCUAUUCUUUUCCUCUGGGGAAUAGCUCAGUAUCACAAGUACUUCCCGAAGGGUGAAGCUGAUGUAUCUAGAGAUUCAUCUCCAGUCAAGUCCCAAGAUUCUGACUCUUAUGAUGAAACAGGCAAUGUCCGUAAAAGGCAUGUUACAUUCCGCAGCCAGCAAGAGCAUGAGAGAUCAGACUGAAAAGAGGCCUAAGACUUGUAUUUGAGAUCUCAACAUUAAAGCAUCUCCACUGCUCUCUACUUGGAGCUUUGCUUGUCGUUAGAUUUUAGGGAGUUUUCCUGCUUCAGUGUUCAUGUGUGUUUCUGCUCAUUGAAAAUAUUUUAGAUGCCAAAGGGUGUCAUAAAUGGCCAUUAAUUUCAAACUAUAAACCUGGAAGUAUCUAAAUAUGAUUAUUUGAUAGGUUUGUGUGUGGUAGUAAAGUGUCUUUUUUUCCUUGUCUGAAAUUGAUUCUACUUCGUCACAUACAUAUAAUGUAUGUAAAUUAAAACUGUAGAUGUUAAGAUGCACAAUGCAAAGAAACUCUUUCUAUUGAAUCAUAUUUUACGAUAAAGAGCUGCAGGGUAGAUUUCAUUUUUUCUUGAUGACAACAAAUCUAUUUGGGUGCCACUAAAUUACUACUAUUUUAUGUUGUAAUCGAAAUUGUAGGAUAUGAGGCACGAUUCCCUUUCCAUAGUAUGAUUUUAGAAGAGAUUAAUUUCUUUUGUUUUGUUUUAAAUGCUAAUGUUAGUUUUUUAGAUGUGUGUUGUAGUAGUCAGAAUUGGAUAUUAUUUAUGGUGAUGAAUGACUGUAUCCAAAAUACUAUCUAUUCUUUGUGCAUUGUCUAGUGAUGCCAAAAUGGAAUGGCUGUGUUAUGUUAACAGGAUAUGUAACAACAAGUUAUUUUACUCAGGAGCCAAAGAGUACUUAUGUCCUUUUUUAAACUGCUCAUGUUGAGUACCCCCAGUUCAAGUCAUGUGAAAAGUAUGGUUGUGUUACAUAGUGCCGAUUUAAAAUCAAUUGUAGAUUCAAAAUAUUAUCAGAAAUACUGUGAGUGUAAUAUUUUCUUGGUAGUUGGUAAUUCUUUUGCCACAACUUUUGCAGUAUUUGAAUAAUAGUAGGCCAGUUUUUAUGUAAAUGUACCUGUGUGAGUCAAGUUUGCCAAUCACUUUGUGCCACAUCUAUGGACCAAAUGGCAAUGUCAACUUCAUUAAGUCACCUUAUGCUACAUUUCUUUUAGUGUCCCUACUCUUAGGUUGAAUUUUAAGAUGUUUUAUCACUGCUGCUCAGUGCAAAAUGAGGUAUAAAAACAAUAUCUAUCUAAAGUGCCUGACCAGAAUCGAUGUUUUAAGGAAAUUGUUUUUACCUAUCUGUCUAGCAUUUAAUUCAGGGUCUUGAAUGAGAACCUUCCACACCCGUCCCUCUAGGUAUGGGUUGAAGGUAGUUGCUUUGAACAUAAUCAAUGUUUACAAUUAUUGUUUUGAAUCAACUUUCAUAUGUGAAACCCUUUUAUAUAUUAAUAUGCUGGUCUUAAGUCAGAUGGACAUAUCUAUCUUUAUUACUGAAAAGAAUUUACCUCCAGUUUUCUUGUUUGUUUAUUUUGACAGUUCUUAUCUAGAUGCCAUAUUUGAGACUCUCUUACAGUUUUAAGAGAUAUAGGUGUCUGAUGCCUACAAUAUGUAACGGAAAAGGUGAAAUAUUUGUUGAGUAUGCCUUGAUGGAAUAAUAUAAACUAGUCUGUGGCAAUUUUAAUUAAGUCUAUGUGUAGGAAUUGUUCCAUUUUGUCGCUCAGUAGUUAGUCCUAGUUUGUAACCUACCCAUCCCUCAUUGCUCACAGCAUCUUGUUAAUAUUCCCGUCCUCAUCUGUGUGUUACUCAUUAAUAAGUACACCUUUAAUUAAUUUUCAUCUAGAUAUUCGUAUAGUUUACAUUGGCUUCUGAAAAAUGUUCUGUUAAGUUAAUACCACUUUUAUGUGCCAUCUGCAUUAUAAUUUAAAGGUGUAAAAUAAAAGACUAUGAGCAGUGGAAAUGAAA